AUGGAAACUGCAUACUUGAAGAAAUGCUUUGGAAAUAGCCUGACCCAGGCACUGGCAGAGGUGGCAAGAGUGCGGCCCAGUGACCCCAUAGAGUACCUGGCUCACUGGCUUUAUCAUUACAGGAAUGUAACUAAAGCUACUGAAAAGAGUAAGCAUGAGAUGCUGUGGCUGAAGGAGGAAUAUGAGUAUAGCCUCAAGGAAGCUAAAAUGGCAGAGAUGCUGAAGCAAGAGGAGCAGCAGAUUCAACUCAAGUGUGAAAAGUGUCACCAGGAACUGCUCCCCAAAGCUGUUUCUUCAAGGAAGACCCAAGACUUGCAGGAGGACACAGAGCGGCUUGAGGAGGAGGCCUUGAGGCAGAACUCUCCUCCAGGUAUCUCCAGUGUGACUCUAGAAGCACCUCAACGGGCUCUUUCCUCAUGAGAAAGUAGCCUGAAAAAGGAGCUCUCACCUCAACUAAGACCCAAGAGGCUGCCAAGGAGGUGUCUGCACAUGCUCUGGUCUGCUAGCUGUAAACCCCUUUAAUCAUGUGAAAUUUGAGCUAGCUAUAGGAUAAAAUGAACUCAGAAUAAGAAUUAAAUAAAAUA